AUGUUCGCCGCAAGAAGAGGAGGCAGGACGCUGCUGGCCGAGGCCUCUUCGCCCUCGGCGGCGGCGGCGGUCGUCACCCUGCCCGGCUUCCUCGUCCCGGCCUUCCAGGCCCGCCCGUUCUCUGCCUCGACGACCCGGCCCUCCAAGCUGGGCCGGACGCCCAUCUCGAUCCCACCCGGCGUGGAGCUGACGAUUGGCGACCUGGCUGUCAAGAAGGACAUGACGACCUAUCUGAGGAUACCCAAGAGAACCGUGUCGGUGGAGGGUCCGCUGGGUAAGGCUCGAUGCGUGCGGGUUGUGCUGCGUGAUGGACCAGUGUGGGCUGAUGACAAGGAUAUAGGAAAACUCGACCUCGAAGUCCCCCAGUUCAUAAACAUCGACCACGACACGGCGGCGAGGAAAGCUACGCUCACCAUCCAGGAUGGAAACGUCAAGCAGCAGAAGGAGAUGUGGGGGACGAUAUGGGCAUACCUCAACCGCUACAUCAUCGGCGUCUCCGAAGGCCACACGGCCGUCCUGCGGCUCGUCGGCAUCGGCUACAGGGCCACGGUCGAGGACCGCCCCGCGAUGGAGGAGUACCCGGGCCAGAAGUUCGUCGUCCUCAAGCUCGGCUUCAACCACCCCGUCGAGAUGGGCGUCCCCCAGGGCAUCACGGCCAGCACGCCGCAGCCGACGCGCAUCCUGCUCGAGGGCAUCAACAGGGAGGAGCUCAUGUCCUUCGCCGCCCGCAUCCGCAGGUGGCGCGUGCCCGAGCCCUACAAGGGCAAGGGCAUCUUUGUCAACGACGAGACGAUCAAGCUGAAGCAAAAGAAGAUCAAAUAG